AUGAAUAUCACACCAACAUCAGCUGUAACAGCAACAACGACAACAACAGGAGCAUCUACACCAAAUACACAAGAAAAUGCUGCUUUUGCUUGGGAAUAUAUAAAAAAGGAACAAGAAGCAGCUCUAGCUAUACCAGUGAUUAGAGUAUUGAUAGAAGUAAUCCGAAAGAGUCAAGCAGCAACUAUUAUGGGUUUACAAAAGGAUUUGGAACAUGCUACACAUAAUCUCAAACAAUGUUCAUUCAAUACAUCUAUCUCUCUCAACUCUGUCUGUGAGUUAUUCAUUAGAUUCGUUACUAGAACUUCAUUUGAUUUCCCAAAUUUCGAUCAAUGCAAGAUUACUCUAAUUGAAAGAGGUGAACAAUUAUCAAAGAAGUCGGCAAAUAGUAGAACAAAGAUUGCAAAGCUUGCUGAUAGAUUCAUUCGUGAUGGUGUAACUAUUUUGGUUCAUGGAUUCUCUCGUGUUGUUUUGAGUGUACUUUUGAAUGCUUCUGCACAAGGAAAGAGAUUCUCUGUCAUUGUCACUGAAUCGAGACCAGAUUCAUCAGGAUAUAAAUUAGCAGAAAGAUUACAAGCAGCCAAAAUACCAGUUAAAUUGAUUAUGGAUGGUGGAGUAUCAAGAAUCAUUGACAAGGUAGAUUAUGUAUUAUGUGGAGCAGAGGCCAUCGUAGAGAAUGGAGGUAUUGUAAAUAAAAUUGGAACCUAUCAAAUUAGUAUCGUUGCCAAGGCAUUCAAGAAACCAUUCUACGUUGCUGCCGAAUCAUUUAAAUUCACUAGAUCCUAUCCACUCAAUCAAUCGGAUAUUGAAUUCCUAAAGGAAGAAAAAGAUACAUUCCAAGCUUGUAAAUCAUGUUCAAAGUGUGAACAUCCAGAAUCAUUAACCAUUGAUUCUCCAACACUCGAUUAUACUCCACCAUCCUAUAUUACACUUUUAUUUACAGAAUUGGGAGUAUUGACACCAUCAGCAGUUUCAGAUGAAUUAAUUAAACUUUAUUAUUAG